GAUGUCAUUUGUCAUUUCAAAACAUCUGACGUGGAUGAAAAUAUGGUGGUGGCAAAAUAAAUGUGUAUUUUUUUUAUUUCAACUGAAAUCAUUGUUUUGGUGCAACAUUUUAGUCUAAGAAUUUUCUUGUUUGAUUUGUUAUCAAUCAAAUAAGUGGUCCCAUCGUCUGCAUUCAUGUGGGGAGGGUGGAUUGAAACAAUAUGUCUGCUAGAGGUAAAAGCGUCGAUAGUCCCCCUGAUCGGGGGCAAAGCGAAGACUCUGAGUCAAAUAUAGCAGUUUCCUCGAGUGAUAUCGCAAGCGUCACAGGAGGCCCGAGGAUCCCGAAGGCAUCAAGCAUUUCAUCAACAUCAGAAAGGCAGAAAAAGUUUGAGAAAGCUCAAAGAUGUCUUGAAAAUGCUGCUCAAGUGUCCAAAAGAAUAAAGGAACACCGCCGGGCCACUGCUGAACUCCUGGGCAAGACCUUUGAAGAUGAUGAUGUCGGAGACACAGCAUCGGAAGCGGCCUCCAUUGUCAGUGAGAGGACGGGGUACUCUGUGGCCACGGAUGUGUCCAGCACCUCUGUACUCUCCGUACAGGACGCACUCAACCUUCCUGGCAUCAGUGAGAGUCUAGCAAACACCUUGAAACAGAAAGAGAUUCUCAUGGAAAGGAUAAAACAGUACAAGGAAAUCAGUAAAAGACCAAUCAACAAAUCUUCACCAAUAAGUAGACGAGAAUCUGUAGCAGAAAGCAAAGAUGUUAGCUUAAAAGUUACUGACAAAUCAGAUAUAAGUCAAAUACAAAACAAGUUGAAAGAGAAGGAGAACGCCCUGAGCCUGAUGCAGGUGAAGGUGAAGGCUCUGGAGACCACAGUCCUGGACCUGCAGGAGACCAUCAGCGAGAAGGACCAGAUCAUCGAAGCCAAGACCAAGGCUACCAGUCUUAUGUCUGACAGUCUUAGCAAAAAAGAAAAAGAUUCACUGACAUUGCUUGAAGACACCCGCCAACAGAUGACCAAAAUGCAGGAGAACUUCAUAGCAAUGGAAUCUGAAUGGAAACAAGAGAAAGAAAGUUUAUUGAAAGAGAUUGAAAACAAGAAUGAAAAAAUCAGUCAUUUAAAAGAAGGAAAUUCCAUCCUGGAAAAUGCACGAUUUGAAAUAAGUGUUGCUCAUGCUAAGCUAACUGAAGAACUGGAAAUAAGGAAUAAACAGAUAUGUGAAUUGGAAGAAAAGAUAAAUGAACUAUCAUCAUCUAAACCUAUUGUUGAAACACCAAAGGAAGCAAUUGAACCGGAGCAAGAGAAAGGCUCUCUCGAAAUCGCAAACAUGGUUGAACUGACUAAGCGCAUUGAACUAUUAGAAAAUCUAAACUGUCAAAUUAGACAAACAAACAAAGAAUUAGAAAACAAAUUAGCAGCAGUAAGUACUGAACCAAAAUCUGCAACAAGCUCACCAAGUAAAAAAGCUAGUCCUGUGCCUACUCGUAAGGGUGGAAGAAAUACAUCUGUGAAAGCGAAAUCACCUUGGAGCAAAAUAUCAUCAGAAUCAUUGCCCCAGGAAACAGAUAAGAAGCAAAAACAAAAUGAAGUCAAUAAACUAGAAAUGAUUGUGCAGUCACUCAAUAAAGAUAUUCUAGACAAGGAGUAUGCUUUAUCUGAGAAAGAUACUAUCAUAUCUGAACUUACAAAAUCGGUUUCGGAAAAAGAGGCAGAAAUCAAUGAGCUUACUCAGAAAUCUCUUGAAGUUUCGCAAACGGCUGUGGAAAAAGUCGAUGUUGGUAUAAUAACUGAGCAUGAAGAAAAUACUAAACUCGCAGAUUCACAAGCAAGUAAAGAAUCUACGUAUACCGAGCAAAGUGGGGCCGAUAGCAGUACAGAUAUUGAUAAUCCAAUUGAAAAAAUACAAUGCCUAGAAGCCGAAUUAAAAGCAGCGCAUGAUGAAAUAGCCACUCUUAACGAAGAAAUCGAUGCAGCUAACAAGAAUAUGAUCAAAGUAAAGUCCAAUCAAAAGCUUAAAUUCAAACAGAUGCAGAAAACUAUAGAGAAUUUCAGUAAAGUAUCUGACACUAAUGCUGAGAUUAUUAAACUGAAUGAAGAGGUGCACCAACUAUCACAGAAAGUUGCUGAAUUAGAAGAAGAAAAAGGCAAUCUACAGUUACAUUUGGUUGACUAUGACAGUGGUAGAUUGUCUGAAUCAGAUACCUAUAAGAAAAUGAUGGAAAUGGAGGGCUUAGCUGAAGCCAGGCUAAAAGCUAUCAGCAUACUGGAAACCCAAAAGUUUGAGUUGGUCCAAGAGUUACAUGAUUUGCAACAGAAAAAUGAAGAAAUGGAAGAUAAAUUAGCUGAUAUGACUCAAAUACAAAAUGAACAAGUUUGUUCAGAAAUGAAAUCAGUACAACUGGAAGAACAGAUAGACAACCUAACAGCAUCAAAGAAAGAAUUAGAACUAGUUAUAGAGAACUUGAAAUUAGAUAUUGAACAGUUGAAUGGAACAAUCAAACACUUACACGAGGAAAAAGAAGAAAUAGCUCAUAAAUUAGAAUACUACAUACAAGAGAAUAUUGAGCUCACCGAUAAGCUUGAAAAAUUAAGUGCUGAAAAAGUAAGCUCUGCUGAAUCGAUUGAGAUAGUUGAAUCAUUAACUACUCAGGAGAAAUUAGAGAUAGAGCAGUAUAAUAAAGGCGUAAGCGAAGGUCAAGCUGAAGGAGACCGAGUAGAUGCACCACAUGAACGAAAUGAAAUAGGAAAAUUGGUGCAAGAAAGUGCUGAAUUGAACAGUAAAAUUGAACUAUUCACACAAGAAAGACAAGAAGUUAUGGAGAGACUGAACAAACUAACCUCCGAAAAUGAGGCUUUACAGGAAAAAAUAUUAUCAUUGAAUUCACAAAGUGAUGUUGUUCAGCAAAAUAUUGAAACUCUCAACAACGAAAAACAGGAACUUCAAGCUUUGAACGAAGAUCUUAUUAAGCAAAUAGAAGAACUGAAGAAGGAAAGAAUUGAAAUUGUCAAGGAAAGUGCUGAAACAGUUAAACCAGUAGAGGAAGUGGGAGAGAGUACCAGCCAAGACUCUCAACAAGGAAACAAGGGAGCCAAAACUGUAAAACAAUUAACUAAAGAUAUACUAAAAUUAAAGAAUACUAUUAAAGAACGCGAAGCUGAAAUAGGCGAUUGUCAAAUGAAGAUUCUGUCACUAGAAGAACAACAACAGAAGCAGAAAGACUCUUUACAAGUGGUUGCUAGUUUAGAGGCUAAACUAAAGAACUUUGCUGAUGAGAAUGAAUGCUUAAAAGAAGAACUAAGCAAUAUAAAGCAAAACAAGGAAAUUGAUAAUCAAAUAACUCAAUUCAAAGAAACGAAUGCAAAGCUGCAGCAAGAAAUUAACAGAAUCAAAGAAGAUUAUAACAAUACUUUGAAUGUUCGUGAUUUGAGAAUUCGUGAGAUGGAAUCUGUUAUGUUUGAUUAUGAAAAGCAAAUACAGUCGUAUAGCAGCACUCUACACCAGAAAGACAAAGAACUGUCAGAAUACAUUAAUCAAGUUACCAAAUUGAAUGAAGUUUCUCAGAAACUCAGAUCCACUAUUGAAGUGCUUGAGGAAGAAAAAUCUAAAGACCAAAGUGCUGAACUGGUUAAAUCUCUUAAUAAGCAAAUUAACGCUUACCAAAAGAAAUUGGCUGACUGUGAGGAUAGACUAAGGGCUCUAGAAGAAGAAAAGCUACAAUUACUUACAUUGAAGGGUAAUUUAGAAAACAAAAACAAGGGAUUGGAAGUUGAACUGAAGAAACUUCAAGAUGCUCUUACAGAAAAACAAGCACAAAUAAAAACAAUGCAAGUGCAACAAGACAAACAUGCUGAAGAAAUAGCAGCCAUUGUACAGGAAUCAAAAGAGAGAGACGAAGAAAUACAUGAAAUAAAACUGCAGCUACGAAAAGAAUCGAUUGAAAAUGAAAAAUUACGCACCAGUCUUGAAGAAAAAAACAAUUUAAUAAAGUCACACUCCCAAGAUAAUGCUGAAAUCAAUGAUAUAAAAGAAAAGCUAAAUCAAAUUAGUAUAGAGAGAGAUGAAGCUCGAGAACAUUUUACCACAUUGGAAACUAAAAACAAGGAGUUAAUGGAAAAACUGAAGAAAUUUGCCGGCAAUCUAAAAAAGAAAAGUGGCAUGUAUAUUGAAAUAGAAGGGAGAUUCAACGAUCUGCAAAAAGAUCUUGAUAUGAAAAAUACCGAAUUAGAACAACUGUCGCUACAACUUCAGGGUCUACCCGCAUUACAAGAAAAAUUACAGUGCGCUGAGGAAGAAUUGAACAGAAUCCACUCGCAAAAAUCAAUGUUAGAACAGCAACUUUCUCAUGAUAUAGAGAUAUUUAAAAAUGAAAAUCUAGCAUUGAAAGAAAAACUUGAGCUGCAGAACUCUAAAUUCAACGAAUCAUAUAGCUCAUUGCAGAGCGAAUUACAUUCAUAUCGAGACCAGAAUAACAGCCUUCUCUCACAAAUGGAGACUUUCCAUAAAAAAGCAGCUGAGUACGAACUAGAACUGAAAAAUAAUCUGAAUCUUGAAACCAAAAUACAAACAUUAGAAAACGAACUUGCGCAAAAACAACAAUUAUUAAACCAAUUACAACAUGGACAUGAAGCUAAAAUUCAGGAAAGAGAGAUGUACAUAGAAAGUUUAGAAGGAGAAAUAUCUAAAUACAAGAGUCGUAUCUGCCGAUUGGAAGAAAGUAUAUCUGACAUGGAAAGCAGAAGGAACUCUCUUGAAAGAAAAGCAGAUCAGCUCGAUAAUCAGCUUCAAGAGAAACAGAAAGCUUACACAGAGUAUUCAACCCACGAGGAUGAAUUGAUCAACCGACUAGCAGUACUCAUGGACCAUGACAGAGUUGUCGAGAAACAAUUACAUGAAAUAGACAAUGAGAAUAGAGAACUGCAAAACAAAAUACAAGCACUGAAUGAUGAAAACCAACAGUUGUCAAAAUCUCUGUACGAAGUUCAAGACCAUUGUAAUAUGCUGAAAGAAAGAGCCUCCAAAGCUGAUGCAGCUGAAACUGAUGUAUCCAAUUAUCAAGCUAAGAUAUGGCAACUUGAAUGUGAUUUAACAAAAAUAACUAAUGAACACCAAACACUUCUUAAUCAUAACAAAGAAUACAUAGCUGGCCUGGAAGCAGAGUUUAGCACACAAAUUGAGAAGACUAUUAAAGAAAAGAAGGCAUUGAGUGAAAGAUACGAAAAAAUGAAUGAUAGAGUCGUCGAAUUGGAACAACAUCUCAACGAAUACAAAACGAACAUUCAAAAUCUUAACUGGAACUUGGAAGAAAUUUCCAGAGUUAACCAGGAACUAACAGAUAGAAUGAACGCUGAAAAAGCUCCAGCACCGGAUUACACAGAUCAGUACAUAAGUGAAAUCAACAAACUAAAUGCCGUUAUUAACAGUAAAAACGAAGAAAUGAGCGCAGUAACCAAUCAGUCGCGAUCAUUGCAGUCUUCACUAGAGGGUCAGUUACAUCAAUUAAAUGACAAACUUCACCAAGUAACUCUUGAAACUGAAAGACUAAUAUCGGAAAACAAUGCAAUGAAAGAAAAUAACGAACAUUUGCAGAAUGCCUUAGACAUAUCUCAAAUGCAACUCAAAGAACUUGCGGAUAAGAAACGUGUUACUAUUGAAAUGAAUAUACCUAAAACUGAAGGUAUGUUUAUCUCGUCCACAAUAGAGGCUUUGAACGUGGAUACGGUUGCGCGAGACACUAAUGUUUCAGCCAUCGAAUCACAAAUAGUUUCAGAAGAUUCAAUUCAACCUAUGAAAGCUUCUGAUUAUUUCCAAAGUCAACCUGAAGGAGUUGAAGAGCCACUAAUAGAGAAAAAAUCGGCAUACUUGUGCUAUGGUGCCGAUAGUACCGCUAAAGGUACUGCGUCUCAAGAAGAUGAUCCAUUCAAUACCGAUGAAGGCUGGGGACUUGGUGAAUCUGAAAUACGUGAUGAAAUGGCGUAUACCGAAUUUAACGAUCAGAUAGCCAAGUUGAAGAAAGAAAAUGAAACACUGAAAUUAGAUCUAACUGCUAACAAUGCUAAGUUACUUAAGGCUUUGAAAAAGCUCAAGGAACUUAAAGCUAGCAAUGAAAUGAUUACUAAAGAACUGAAAUUAUCUAAACAAAUGUCUGAAUCCACAUUCCUUGACAAUGCUAUUGAAGAUGAGCUUAAGAAUACAGUUAAGGACUUAGAGCAGAAAAUAGAAGAAUUAAACACUGAGCUGAGUAAAGAAAAACGGGAGAAAGAGUAUAUCAAGAAACAAAAUGAAGUGUUCUACAAUACCAACGAUAGACUACAAGAAAUGAAAGAAAAAAUGGAUAGUGAACUUGAAUUAUGGAAGUUCAAGUUUAAAGAAGCCAACGAUAAGCUAUCAACAGUUCAAUGGGAGGGAGAAAAUAAAACUCCUGAACACAAACCCGCAAUGUCUUUAGGCUCUAAUGAUAGUGAGUUAGCUGAAAAAAUGAUAAAACUUGAGAAAGAAAAUGACGAAUUGCAGACCAUGAUUAAUGAUCUGACGACAGAAAACAAUAAACUGAACUCUGAACAUUCCAUUCUAAAAGAGCAAGUUAGGUCAUUGAAUAUGGAAAUCAAACAACUACAAGAGUCAACAAGCAAUAAUGAAGCUUUAAAUAAUGAAAUAUAUAGCUUGCAAACCGAAAACGCUGCCAUCCUUAAAAGCAAAGUUGAAAUUGAAGAACAUCUUCAUAAAAUACAGACGCUGUACAAUGAGAGCGAACAAAAUAUUGAGAAACUUAAAGCUGAAUUGGAAGAAAAAACUAAUUUAUUCAACUCUGAAAUACAGCAACUGCGAUUAUCGACAAAUAACACUGAAGCUCUGAACAUCCAGCUAACAGAGUUACAGAAAGAAAAUGCCGACAUUCUUAAAAGUAAAGAGAUCAUUGAGGAAACCGUAAGACAAACGAAUGAUCUUUAUGCAGAAACCGUUGCAAAUUACGAAAAACUGAAAGCAGAAUAUGAAGAGUUGCAAGUAAGACAUGAAAAUUACUCCAAAGAAUUUAUCAAUAAGUGCAGUGAAAUAGAGGAAGAAACUAAAAAUUACAAAUCGAAAUUAGAUGAAGCCAAUAGUUUAAUAUCUUCGUUGGCUGCGGAGCUUGAGGAGCACAAAUCUAAACUGAUUAUGCAAGAACAGCAAACAUCUACGAGCUCAACGCAUGACCAAGAUUUCAUGAUGACUGAAAGAUUCAAGGCUCUAGAAGACCAGUUCCAUCAACUAAGAACACAGAAACUCGAAGAUGAGCAACGAAUCAAACUUUACGAAGAGCAGAUCAAUGAUGCAAAUGCCAAAAUGCAGAAAUUGAAUUCAGAAAACGACCAACUACUUUCAAGUGUAACGGAAUUGCGUUCAUCAAUUUCAAGUGCAAUGGACCAGCGAGGGUUCGAGAUUGCCGAGUUGUGGAAACAGCAUUUGGCUCAGAGAGAGGCUGACUUCCAGAAGAUGGAGCAAGAACUCAGGGCACAGCUGCUCAGUGCUGAGGGCAAAUACGAACAACUGCUCGAUAACUUCCAAUCUUCUAACCAGGAGGAAACCAACAAACUAGUCAUGGUUGAACAGAUAACCGCGUUGAAUAAUAAAAUACAAGACAAAGAAGUUCAUUUAGUCAGUCUGCAGGCUAAAUAUGCGGAGGCUGUUAAUGAAUUGGACAUGCUGCGAUCUGAGAUGCAAGACGAAAAGGUGAUGAUUGAAAACAAAUUGUUCGAGCAACAAGAAGAAUAUGAGAAGCAGAUCAAGGCAUUGUUGAAGAAGCAGCAAGAAAUUUCAGAUGAAUACGAUCAGACCAUCAGGGAACUUUCAUUAGAGUUGGCUACUGUUAAAGAUGUCAACUCAAAGCUGAUUCUAGAUUUGCAAGAAGCUAAUAAAGCAAGACUAGAAAUAGAUAACACUGUCCAACACUUAACUGCACAACUGCAAUUAAAGGAUUCAGAAGUGUACCAAAAGUGUAAUGAAUACAGCAUAGCUCUAGCACACAGAAACGAAGAAUUUGAAAAUGUGAGGAAACAAUUGAUCGAAUAUGAAAAAACUAUAGAAGACUUGAAUUACGAAAAAGAAUCUGAAUUGGCUAUUCUAAGACUUAAGAUGCACGAAGAUAAAGAGUUCUACGAAAAGACCAUUAAAGAUAAUGACAUAGAGAAAACCAACUUAGCUGAAGCAUUGAAUGCUAAGAUUGUAGAAUGCACUAGCUUAAACAGACAAAUCACAGAUUUAAACAAACAAUUAGAGGAAGACUCUGAGAAAGCAUCACAAAUGCAAGUAGCUUUAGAAAACCAAGAAAUAGAAAUCGUUACUUUGAAAGACGAGAUCGACAAAAUGCAAGACUUGUUAACAAAUUCCACGGCUAAAAUGGCCAAACACGUCCGUUUCACAUCAGACACUAAACCAAGCGCCGACGAUUCUAUAUCAUCAGAAUCAAGUACCUCAAAAGAAACAAUAGACGUCGUACCGCGCGCAGAAUUAGACCUAGCUCUAUACAUGUUGCACCAACGAGAUGUGAGAUGCGAAGAGUUAAUAAUGGAGCUCACUCAUUUGUUAGAAGAAAGGGAUACCCUCCAACUCAGGUUGUCAGAUAGUUUACGUUCUUGCGAAGAGUUGAAGUCUAAAUGUAAGACCGCUGGGGUGGACCUGCCGAUGCCAUCGUUGGAAAUGGUUUCGGAAGUGACCUCGGGGAUGGAGAGGGAUCAGCAGUUUGUAGACACUCACAGGGCUCAGUCGUCCCGGAGUAGUUCUGUCAGUGAGCUCGAUGGCGAGAAACCUUCGUUGCAAGCCAAACUAUCCCAGCUACGCUCAGUCCGGCACUCGCGUGACGUCACACUCCGGCACGAGAGCGAGCAGAGGCAGCUCACGAUGAGGCUCCUACACCGCGACGUGGAGCACCUGCCGCCCGCCGCCGUGGAGCAGCUGGCGCAGCACACCCUGUCUCGAGACUCGCAGGGCACGUCUUCAGUGCUGCUGAACUGGCUCCGAGGGAAGAGCACUCCCAAGAUCGUCCACAACAUGUGAGCAGCAACACCUGAAGACUAGAAGUGAGCCUUUAUUCCUUCCAAUAAGGUUUAUUAUUCCGUACAAAACGCUACGGUGACUUGCGCGUGAGAAGAGGCCAGUAGUCUAUGGAACUAUGUAUCUAUGUGAGAAAGUGAGACAGGUGUAGUUUCAUAGCCCUGUGUUUAGGUACAAAAUGUGAAGCGCAAUUCGCUGUAGCUUUUUUUACGGGAGGUGUUAACUAAUGAUUCUUCCCAAAUUAGAUUAGAGUGAUACCAUUGAUAGGAUGUUAUGCAUUUACCAAAUUUUCUAAUUAUUGUUUUGCCACCACUGGCAGUGUUACGGUUUGUAGAAUGUUUUUUUUAUUUGAAACAAGUCAAUAUAAACUGUAAGCUGGACACGAUUCAACGAACGGUCUUUGUUUUCAUCGAUAUAAUAUCUAUUUAUUGGGCUAAUAAUAUUCUUUGCCAUUUCUUCUAAGUAUAUACUUACAGUAAUUUAGGUGUGACGCCACAUGGCAUGUUGUGUCAACCAAUCACGAUUACUCUUAUUUAAUCAUCUUCAUGAACCUACCAGAUUUUUGUUUAAAAUUUUUCUUCUUCUAAUAGGCUUUUUGCUCAUAUUUGGAUAUUAUAUUGAUGAAAAUAUGUUUGUAGAAAAUCUAUGAUUUCAGUCCCCUAAUAUUUUUUUAUUUUAAACAAAUAUGAAAUCAUGGAUACCGGUUUCCACGAACGAACGAUAACUUUCAUAAUUUGCAAACUAAUCUAUUCUAAAAUAUUUACAUAAUAAAAGUGCAUUCCUUUUCUAUUUUCCUUUUCAUCACUUUGGUUAUUAAAUAAAUUAGGUACGAUAUAAACACAAUUUAUCUUUAAUGAAAUGAAUUUUGACUUUGUUCAAAAUCAUUACGAUUAAUUUCAAUUACAACUUCAUACGAAUUUAUUUUAUUUGGAAAAAUACAAUAUUUUAUGUUAAUUUUAAAACAUGAAUUGGUAAUUAAUUCCAUAAAUUCGUACUGUACUUGCGUACAUUAUAAAGACAAUUGUUAAUCAGGGCACCAAACAAACCUAUCUUAAAAUCUUUUUACUUCAACCUAUUUUAUUGUUUGAAAUGUUUAUCAAACAUUUACAUUAUUUUGGAAUCUACUUUGUAUUUUGUGCAACUUUUCAUGAGAGCCUUUUUGGCAAAAUAUACAAAUUAAAGGCAGGAAAUAAUUUAAAUACACAGGAAAGCUGCACCAAAUAUUACGUAGAUACCGAUUAAAUAUACUUUAAAAUCCAUAAAAGUGUAAAUGUGCCUUUACCUUAAGUGUAACUGAUUGAACUAUGAGUCCACGUGCUGGGAAAAACAUAAUGAAUAACAUUAUAAUUUCUUGUAUAUAGUUUUCGGUUCAAACGGACCUUGUAUAUGCAAAUGUACAUUUGAAUUUAAUUAAACACAAUAUUCCAAUGAA